AUGGGUGUCACUACUUCAACUUCAGCAUUUCAUCUUCAAUAUCCUAAUUCUUCAAAUCAUCAUCAUCAUCAUCAUCAUCCCACUUCAAACUCUUCAAUAGAUCCUAUUCCUUUCUCACCCAUUCCACAUACUACAUCAUCAAAUCAAAACCAAUCUCAAUCUCAAUCUAAUCAUCCUCAUAUUGACAUUCGAUCUGGUUUCUUACCACGUUUACCUCCCAUUCAUCGAAUCGAACUACAUCCUUGGUCUCAAUGGGAAGAAGCUCUAGACCAAGCCAAAGGUCUUCAACUCGGUCUAGGCGAAUCUCGUAACGCUCAUACUGCUACUUGGCGAAAACAUAUUCGUGAAGGCUUACCAAUCCUUUCAGUUCAAGCUGAUGAUCCACUCGCAAACCAGUUACCAUUACUACGUAGAGCUCAUCUUGUAUUAGCUUUCUUGGUACAUUUUUAUCUUCAUAGUGAUCAAGUUAAUGAUGAUGAAGAAGAAGAAGGAUCGACGAAAACUGUUCUAGUUCCUUCUUCUUUAGCUUUACCUUUUUGUGCUGUUAGUCAAUUACUUGAUAUUCCUCCUGUCUUGACUUAUUCAGAUACUGUACUUUAUAAUUGGACUUUGAUCAAUCCUGCCAAUGGGUUCACAUCUGAGAAUGUUAAAAUCUUGACCACUUUCACAGGAACCAAAGACGAAGAACAUUUCUACAAGACCUCUGUUUUGAUCGAAUCACUUGGUCCGAUGUGUUUAUCAUUAAUGAGAUCUUUACUAGACGAAGCCUUACUAGCAGAUCAACUAUCAUUUGCAAGAAUCUCAGCCAAUCUUUCCUUACUAGCAUCUAUUAUCGAUCAAAUCACAGUUCUACUUGAAAAGGUUCGAGACGAUUGUCAACCUGCUUGUUUUUAUUGGCUUAUACGACCUUGGAUGAAUGGAGGUACACGUCAGAUGGGUUCGGAUGGUGUGGUGGUGAAGUGGGGAGGACCGAGUGCAGGUCAAUCGACUCUGAUCCAUUCACUUGACGUUUUCCUUGGAAUAGACCAUCGUCCUAGACCCACUGAAGGUCAUAGCACUUCACACGAAUCUACCUUUAUGGAACGUAUGGCCGCCUACAUGCCACACCACCAUCGAAACUUUCUUCAACACCUAUCACAAACCUUAAGCCCAAACUCACACUUAACAAUCUUUCCACAACUACCUAACCAAAUCACUCAUUCAGUCAGAAGUUUAGCAUCAAUCGCUUCACCUGAUUCCUCGUUAUUUUCAGCAUACAAUCAAUCUGUUCAAUCACUUUUGAAACUAAGAGCUACUCAUUCAAAGAUUGCAUUGUGGUAUGUUUUAUCACAAAGUAGAAUCGAACCACCACUUAAUAGUCCUUUUUUAAAACAAUGGGAAAAAUCUAGGGAGCUUAAGAAACGAUCUGUUCAACUUGGUACAGGUGGAACGGACUUGGCUAGGUUUUUGAAAAGGUGUAGGGAAAGAACUUCGGAGGCAAUUAUUCCUUCUUAAGCAAACUGUUGUCUUUUAUCUUUUAAUUUUUAUUCUUAAUUUUACAACUUUGUAUGGUCUUUUUCUUGAGAAGGCUAAGGGGGAGAUUUCUUUUUUUAAAAAGCAUUAAUUUAUAUCUUAACUGUUAUCUUUAGUUUCUGUAAUAAGCAUUUAACUGUUUUUCCCUUAUCUUUAUGAAAUAUUUAGAAUGUUUUUUUGUCUUGUUUUAUUGAUUUUAUUGAUUUGAAAUAUGAUUAGAUUAAUUGAAAUGAU